GCUCGUUCUCCGUUAUGGGCCGCAAAUUCUUUUCGGCCCGGCCUGGCCCGCCUCUCGGCGCCCGGCACGCGCCGGCGCCGCAGUCGGCGCCCCAGCCCCUCCCUGCCCUCCGCUUUGCUCUCCAUCUAGCCCCCACGACCCUCCUCUCCGCUCGUCCGCCACCGCCACCGCCACCGCCACCGCCGCGCCGCUUCUCGUCGUCGCCAGAAACGAAGCAGGGCUCCGCGCUACCCCGCUGAUCUUGCGCUUGAAGAUCAAUCAGUCCGUUGACGCAGUUCUCUACGUGCAGGGGCGGAGGGCCCAUUAUCCAUCUGGCCCAAGCGCCUCGCCCUUUCUCCACGACUUCAACCCAGGCAGCCUCCGCCCCGUCACCCGCCGCCGCGGUCACAGACCUCUGCCGUCGACCCACGGACCGCGGUCCGGCUCCAGCCUCCACCCGCCCGCCGUCCUCCUCCGUCGCGACCCGCGGACCGCGGUCCGGCUCCAGCCUCCACCCGCCCGCCCACCGCCCACCGGCUUCCGGCCUCCGCCCGCCGUGGGCGGCCUCUGCCCUCAGCCCACCUGGCCAUCUCCGCAUCCGGCCCCCGGCCUCCGGUCUCCAGUCGCCCCCGGCUUCUGGUCUCUGCCCCCGCAGUGGUCGUGCCCCACUGGGCUGAGGAGGAACAGCUUCCGGUUCCUGGUGCUGAUCUUGAACGGCGCGGCGCUCAGGUCGGAGGAGGCGUUGCCGGCGAGACUGAGGUCGCAGAAGGAGCCAUACCAAAAAAAAUCGUCCUCCGCUACUGCCUACGUGACAAAAAAUCCUGCGGAGACCUGGCAGAAGUCGCCCGGUCUCCCCCGCCUCUGGCUUGGCCUCGCCAUUUACGCUACACCUUGAGAUUUUUAUUCACUCCAUCCAAUCUGGCCCUGCGUUUCUAGAUUUUGCGAGGGAAGACGCCAAUUAGGAGCCUGAGGGUGCGACGGCCUAGGGUUUGUAGCUACUGGUGUCGUCGCGGCCUGUGGAGGCGGUAGGGGACAGCGACAUCUGCAGCCAUGGACGACAGCGAGCUCCAUGAAGAGGAGAACCCAACCAAUAGUGCCGUAGAUGACGAUGACGACGAGGAUUAUGAGGAGCCUGGUGGAGGAAAUCACUUAUUGGGGUUUAUGUUCGGCAAUGUAGAUGAUUCUGGUGAUUUAGAUGCUGACUAUCUUGAUGAGGAUGCAAAGGAACACCUUUUUGCACUGGCAGAUAAGCUUGGUCCAUCUCUCAAAGACAUUGACCUAAUGAAGUCUUCUCCAGCACCAACUGAUCCUUCCGAACAAGACUAUGAUGAGAAGGCAGAAGAUGCUGUUGAUUAUGAAGAUAUUGAUGAAGAAUAUGAUGGACCUGAAGUUGAGGCAACUACAGAGGAAGACAAUGUGUUGUCAAAAAAGGAUUACUUCUCUUCAUCUACAGUGUAUGCAUCAGUCAACAGUACAGUUUCAGUGUUUGACGAUGAAAACUACGAUGAGGAAGAAGAACCACCCAAUGAUAAUGAGCCUCCUGGUGAUAGUGCUGCCCAAAAUUUAUCUUCAGUUUCUAUCGAGCAGGCAGAUACGACAACCUCAAGCGAUAACCUUGCCAUGGAAAAGAUUGGCUUGUUAUCACAUCCAGAGGAAAACAUGGACUUUGAAUAUGAAGAUUUGGAGAAUGAAAAGGGCACUGGGGAAGGCCAGCUUGAGCCUGAAAGUGCAACUUCCCUUCCUGUUUUAUGCAUAGAGGAUGGGAACGCUAUCCUGAGAUUCUCUGAAAUUUUUGGUAUCCAAGAGCCUGUAAGAAAAGUGAAGACAGAUCACCACAAACGACCAGUGGAUAAAGAGCUUCAGAUCGCAAAUGUUGCUGACAAUGUUGAAGAAGAUGAGGAACUAAUUCUCCGGAGCACUAUGCAAAAUUUCUCAACUUUGAAGCACAUUCAUGUGAAUGAAGAUUUUGUUGAGAGUGACAGUGAUGAGUCUAUUUCUGAUGUCACUUUAAGGCUAAAGGAUUCAUGUCUUUCAGAACAACCAAUGAAAGAUGUGCAUAUGGAUAUUCGUAUUGUCCAGCGAUCUCCAACUUGUCCUGAUUUUUAUCCACUUGAGCAUUAUGAUUGGGAAAGUGAUAUCAUUUGGAACAAUUCACCAGCAACUGAUCAGCAGGCUUAUGCAAAAAUCUGUGAAUCUGAAGAGAGUGAGGACACUCAUGGUGAAGACCAGGGUAAGGAUUAUGGCCAGGCCUCCAGGUGUUGGGAUGUACAGAGUAAAACCAAUGGUUCUCCAGUAAUUAAAGAGACUUUUUGUUGUACAGAAAUGCCUGCUCCAGCUAACUACUGCCCCCCUGGGAAAAGUUACCCUCCAUUGACAAACGAAGAUAACUUAGAUCACAUAAUGCCAAAUAACUUAGAUGAUGCAGUUAAAAUUGACACCAUGGUGCGUUUAAAUAACCUUAGUGUACUAAACAGGGAAUUAUUAGAAGGAUCAUGGUUGGACAACAUAAUUUGGGAUCCUAAUGAGGUUACCCCAAAGCCUAAACUGAUCUUUGACCUCAAAGAUGAUCAUAUGCUUUUUGAGAUCCUAGAUGAAAAGAAUGUGGACCAUCUCCAGUCUCAUGCUCGUGCUAUGAUUGUUAGCCAGUCAACUAAGACUUCAACACCAACAGUUGACAAUUUUGGCGAUCAACCAAAGCCAUUGAGUGGCAGGUUCAACAUCUCCAAUGACAAGUUUUAUUCAAAUAGGAAGACUCCACAACAAGCUAAAUCUCAUACUAAAAAACGCGCUUUAAUGGGCAUAAAGGUGGUGCAUUCUGCUCCAGCUCAUAAGCUGCAAACCAUGAAGCCAGUGUUGAGCAAUAAGGAAAUUGCAAACUUUCAUAGACCAAGAGCUAAGUGGUACCCACAUGAAAAUAAAAUUGCCUCUCAGUUACAAGGACCUGCUUGUAGCCAUGGGAGGAUGGCUGUUUUACUUAUGUCAUUGGGAGGAAAAGGAGUCAAGAUUCUGGUCAAUGCUGAGGACACUCCGGUCUCUGUCAAAUUAAAAGCAUCAAAGAAGUUCGAAUUGAAGCCUUCUGAGAAGAUCAAAUUGUUCUGUUCUGGGAAAGAGCUUCAGGAUGACAUCUCGUUAGCAAUGCAAAAUGUGCGACCAAACUCCAUUGUGCAUGCUGUUCGCACUGAAGUGUACCUAUGGCCAAAAGCACAGAAAUUACCUGGUGAGGACAAGCCUCUACGCCCUCCUGGGGCUUUCAGGAAAAAAACUGACUUGUCUAUCAAGGAUGGACAUGUUUUUUUAAUGGAAUAUUGUGAAGAGAGACCUUUGCUUCUCUCGAAUGCAGGAAUGGGAGCCCGUCUCUGUACAUAUUACCAGAAAACUACCCCUACUGAUCAGACAGCUGCAUCACUGCGAAACAACAGUGAUGGACUGGGCACAGUGCUUGCAAUUGAUCCUGCUGAUAAAUCCCCUUUUCUAGGAGAGAUACAUUCUGGGUCCCACCAAUCUUGUCUUGAAACAAACAUGUAUAGAUCACCUGUAUUUCCCCAUAAGGUUGCACCAACUGAUUACUUAUUAGUUCGUUCAGCCAAAGGGGCUCUUUCCCUCCGUCGCAUUGACAAGCUAUAUGUUGUUGGCCAACAAGAACCUCAUAUGGAAGUCUUUUCACCAGGGACUAAGAACAUGCAAAAUUAUCUUCUGAACCGAGUUCUUGCAUAUGUUUAUCGUGAGUUUCGUGCUAGAGAGAGGCCUGAUGCUAUUCCUCAGAUUCGAGCUGACGAGUUACCCAUACAAAGUCCUCUGACAGAAGCCAUAGUGAAAAAACGAUUGAAGCAUUGUGCAGAUUUGAAGAAAGGACCAAAGGGGCAUUUUUUCUGGACACAGAGACCUGAUUUCCGGGUUCCAUCAGAAGAAGAACUGAGGAGAUUAUUGACGCCAGAAAGUGUUUGCUGUUAUGAAAGUAUGCAAGCUGGUUUGUAUCGUCUCAAGCGCUUAGGAAUUCUGAAGCUUACUCAGCCUGUUGGAUUGGCUUCUGCCAUGAAUCAGCUUCCUGAUGAGGCUAUUGAGCUUGCUGCUGCAUCACAUAUCGAGAGGGAACUGCAAAUCACUAGCUGGAAUCUUACAAGUAAUUUCGUCGCUUGUACUAAUCAGGACAGAGAAAAUAUAGAAAGAUUAGAAAUCACUGGUGUUGGAGAUCCAUCUGGUCGUGGGUUAGGAUUCAGCUAUGUGCGAGUAGCACCAAAAGCACCUGCCUCCAAUUCAGUGCUCAAGAAGAAGUCAGCUGCUGCAAAGGGUACCACUGUAACUGGCACUGAUGCUGAUCUCCGCAGAUUGAGCAUGGAUGCAGCCCGUGAGUUGCUGCUAAAAUUUGGCGUACCUGAAGAGCAAAUUGAUAAAUUAACAAGGUGGCAUCGGAUCGCUAUGGUGAGGAAGCUUUCAAGUGAGCAAGCUGCAUCGGGAAUUACUAUCGAUGAAAUUCCUGUUAGUAAGUUUGCACGUGGACAAAGGAUGUCUUUUCUGCAACUUCAGCAGCAAACUAGGGAGAAAUGUCAGGAAAUUUGGGACAGACAAGUUCAGUCACUUUCAGCUUUAGAUGGUGAUGACAAUGCCAGUGACACAGAAGCUCACAGUGAUCUAGACUCAUUUGCUGGGGAUCUUGAGAACUUGCUAGACGCAGAAGAAUUUGAUGAUGAGGAUACUAGUACAGCAGACUUGAGAAUUGACAAAGCAGAUGGAAUGAGAGGACUUAAAAUGAGAAGGUGCUCUACGCAAGCCCAAAUUAACAAGGAAAUUGAAGAUGAUGAAACAGAGGCUUCUCUGGCAAAGAAACUACUUGAAGACGAUGGCAAUGAUGUGAAGAGGAAAAAACAGCCUGUGGAAUUGACAAAUUGUGGCACCUCUUUAGUUGCCAAUAAAAUGAAGCAGAGUAAGACUGGGCAAACGAUCAAAUCAUCUGGUUAUGCUGGUGCAUUAACCCCAAAGGAGAACACACCAAGAGAAGGAAAAGAGGUUGAAAAUUCUUUUGUUGAGGGUGGUUUGUCCUCAAAACUAAAACCAAAGAUGGCACUCGAUGUAAAUGAGACUGUUCUAGUUAAAAAGAAAAGUGUUCCAGGAAAGGAUGGACCUAAGGAAAAGAAACAGGGUGCAAGAGGGGAUAGUCUUGUUUGUGGAGCCUGUAGUCAGGUUGGGCAUAUGCGGACUAACAAACUGUGCCCUAAGUAUCGGGAGGAUCCAGAAAUGUCAGAAAUGGAUGCUAAUUCAGUUAAGCCCAACUCUAUGGAUAUAAACCAUUUGCAAGCAAAGACACCUAAAAGGUUGAUAACAAAAGUUUCCUCUGAAGUUACUGAAACUGAAGGGCCAGAAGGUAUUGAGAAGACAAAAUCUGUCCCAGUAAAGUUCAAAGUAGGGGCACCUGAUAAAUCCUUGGAGAGGAACAUGUCAGUCUCCGUUUCACUCGUUUCUGAUAAACGUGUCAUGGAUGUUACAGACAGUAGAUCUACCGGAAAGGUAAACAAGAUAGUGAUACCUAAUAAGAUGAAGUCUGAUGAUUUCCCUCCUGACACUCCAAAGCCAUCUGUUGUAUUUCGGCCUCCUGCUGAAGAAAAGGAUGUACCUCGCAAAAAGAUCACCAUCAAGCAGCCUAAAGGCAUAGACCAGCAAAGACAUGUUGAAUCUAGGAGUGUUCAGGAACCCACCAGAAAGACAAGAAAAAUUGUAGAAUUGUCGAGUUUUGAGGAUAAAAGUAGAGAGGAUGAUCAUUGGGUUGGUGGGGAACCCAGCCAGGUGAAUUCCUCACAUGGGAGGAGGCUGGGUCUGGAAGGAAAAAUAAGCAAAGCCACAAUGGAAAAUGAAAGAUCCUGGAGAGAUUUUGAGGAGCGAAGAGAAAUGCCACAAGCAAGGCUCUUUGAUGCUACGAUAUAUGCAUCAAGGGAGGAAGAUCAUCUAAAGGCAAAAAAGAAAAACAAGAAAAAGAAAAAACAUGAAUUCAAAGAUGAUGACUUACUUGAUCACAGGCCAUACAGAAAUGACAGGAGGGUACCUGAAAGACAUCGAGCACUAAAACGAUCUAGUCCAGCUCCUGUGGUUGGAUAUGCAUCAUCUGCCAAGCGUCGCAGAGGAGGAGAGGUUGAGCUCUCCAACAUAUUGGAAAAAGUAGUUGAUCACUUGCGGGGUUUGAGUGGAUCACUGCUGUUUUUAAAACCAGUGACAAAGAAAGAAGCUUCUGAUUACCUUGAUAUCAUACGGUACCCAAUGGAUCUUGGUACCAUCAGGGACAAGGUGAGAAAGAUGGUGUACAGAAACAGGGAUGAAUUCAGGCACGACGUAGCACAGAUACAACUCAAUGCACACAUAUACAACGACACUCGCUAUCCUCACAUCCCUCCGCUUGCUGACGAGCUCAUGGAGGUCUGCGACCAUCUGCUUUACGAAAACGCAGAUCUGCUCACCGAGGCGGAAGAUGCUAUCGAGUAGCAAUAUAAAAAGCUAGAUUUAGCAUUUGGAUCUUGCUAUAUCCUAACAUAGAUGAUGUAUCUAUCUUCUGAUCUGUAGGAGGGGAAAAGGUUGUACAUUUUUUGGGCCUAGCAGCAAUCUACAUGUGAUCCCGAAUCCAGCCAGCUUCUGUUGGUAUUGUGUUGAGAGGUAGUGGAAGUACAAAAUGUCUAGGUUAGCCACUCAAUGGCCUCAUGUUGUAAAAAUGUAGAAUGUAAUCAUGUCCAUAUACAUGGCAUAUAUCGGUCCAAUAAUCCGAUUGUGUUGCAGUAUUUGAUAUGAUAUGGAAUGGCGUUUCAAUUGCAGCGUGAAUCAA